AUGGCUGGGAAAAAUUUCACGGAGGUGACGUUCUUCAUCCUCUCUGGAUUUGCAAAUCACCCUGAGCUACAAGUCAGCCUCUUCAUGAUGUUCCUCUUUAUUUAUCUCAUCACUGUUUUGGGGAACCUUGGACUAAUUCUGAUAAUCAGAUUCGACUGUCAGCUCCACACACCUAUGUACUUUUUCCUUAGCAAUUUAGCAUUCAUUGAUAUAUUUUAUUCUUCUACUGUAACACCCAAGGCACUGGUAAAUCUCCAGUCAAUUCAGAAAACCAUCUCCUUCGUUGGCUGCCUUGUUCAAAUGUAUUUUUUUGUGGGUUUAGUGUGUAGUGAGUGUUUCCUUCUGGGGUCCAUGGCCUAUGACCGCUAUGUGGCUAUCUGCAAUCCCUUACUGUAUUCUGUGGUCAUGUCCCAGACGGUGUGCAGGUGGUUGGGAGUCAUCCCUUACAUGAUCGGCUUCACCAAUUCUCUGUUCUCCAUCUGUGUGAUCAGCAGAUUGGCAUUCUGUGAUGCCAGCAUCAAUCACUUUUUCUGCGACACCACAGCGCUUCUGGCUCUGUCCUGUGUGGAUGCAUUCAGCACAGAAAUGGUGAUCUUUGUUUUAGCUGGUUUCACCCUUCUUAGCUCUCUCUUCAUCAUCACGGUCACCUACAUUGCCAUCAUCUCAGCCAUCCUGCAGAUCCGGUCUGCAGCAGGGAGACAGAAAGCCUUUUCCACCUGUAUGUCCCACAUCAUGGGGGUGACCGUCUUCUAUGGGUCCCUGAUUUUCACGUAUUUGCAGCCUGAUAACACAUCUUCCUUGACCCAGGCACAGGUGGCAUCUGUAUUCUAUACCAUUGUCAUUCCCAUGCUGAAUCCGCUUAUCUAUAGUUUGAGGAACAAAGAUGUAAAGAAUGCUCUCCUGAGAGCAUUUCAAAAACUGUUUCUAUGA